AUGAACGUUUCAAGCUCUGUCAGUAAUGUAACUUCAGAAGCAGCCCAGGAUGAUUUGAGCUCAGUAAUUCUCAAGAAUGUCCUCACCGUUGGUCUGUGCAUCACCAUCAACUACAUCAAUGUUGUUCUGGUGCACAUUUUUGUACGACAUGAGACUUUAAACGUGAAUCCUCGCUACAUCCUCUACAUCCACCUAGUCAUCAACGACAUCCUCCUUCUCACCAUGCUAACCCUGAUUCACACGCUAAGCUACAUUGUUUACUCUAUUAAUGUCUCCUUGUGCAUUCUUUUAGUCAUGAUCGGCACUUACACAAGCAUGAACAACCCCAUGACUCUUGCCGUCAUGGCCAUUGAAUGCUACAUUGCUGUAUGCUAUCCUUUACGACACUCUCAGAUUUGUACAGUGAAUAAAACAUACACUGUCAUCGGGUUAAUUUGGGUGAUAUGCACAGUGAAUUUGCUGCCAGAUCUGUUUGUUACUUUAGCCACAGAGCCCCUUGAGUUUUUCCAUUUACAGGUAUUUUGCACAUAUGGCAAUAUUUUCAGACAUCAAUAUCUCGCAGUAAAGCGAGAUAUUUCAAAUGCGUUGCUUCUGGUGGCUGUUUGGCUCACACUUUUAUACUCCUACUUUAAGAUACUUUUUGCUGCACAAUCCAUAUCUUCAGAUGCUAAAAAAGCUAGAAACACUAUCCUCCUUCAUAGCUUCCAACUAGUGCUGUCUAUGCUGAUAUAUGUUAAAAGUGAAAUAGGCAAUGGGUUGAUCUACUUUUUUCCAAAAAGUGUCACGGCGGUUCGUUUUGGGGUUGCUUUGCUGGUUAACAUACUGCCUCGGCUUGUCACUCCGCUGGUGUAUGGGGUUAGGGAUAAAACAUUCAGGAAAUAUCUAAAGCAAUAUCUGUUCUGUAGAAAAGGGGCUAAAAUAGCUAUUUGA